GCAGAAGAAGACAAAAAGAAUUUGGCAAGAAUGCAGGAGCUAAUUGAUAAAUUGCAACUCAAAGUAAAAAGCUACAAGCACCAAGCAGAAGAAGCUGAAACUCAAGCCAAUCAAUACCUUGCAAAAUAUAGGAAACAGCAGCAUGAGCUGGAUGAUGCUGAAGAACGAGCUGAGAUUGCUGAAUCCCAGGUUAAUAAGCUCAGGACAAAGUCAAGAGACAUUGGCAUGAAAAAGGUAUGA